CGUUUAUGGUCACAUGACCGGAACAAAACAAAGUCAUUCCCCUGUGCUGCACGUUGCUUUCUUCCCGUAGCCAGCAGAUUUCCUCUUGCUCGCAGAGGAACCAGAGAAAAAACACUCAAAAUGCCGAAAACAAAGCAGUCUAAAAGAAGGGGCAAGUUUGACUACAACCAGGACCGGAAGAAGCUGAAGAAAAAGUUCUUAAAGAAAUGUAACCCGAGGAUCGAGAAGUGAGUUAGCGCGUUAGCUAAUGUGUGCUAACAAACGCUGAGCAUGAUGAGACCAUGUGAGAGCUUCACUGUAGCUUCAGUACAGCUCUGCAGGGCUGUGUGGGUUUUGAUUAACUUGUUUUAUGUGUGUCUGUCUCAGUGCUCAGAUCAGACACGCGUGGGACGACAAGAAAUCCACAGCCAGGAACCUUCAGGAGAUGGGUUUGAGUUUUGAUCCCAACAGGAGUCUGCCCAUCAAGAAACAGAAAGUGAGUAAUUUCUCCUUAUUCUUUUUCAUUAUAAAACAUGACAUAUGAUCAAAACGGUCAAUCUGACAGAAAAACACAGCAUGUAAAAGCAAAUAAAAUUAAAACCAGAACUAAUAAAGAGCUUCAAAAGAGGUUAAAGGGAUAUUCCGGCGUGAAAUUAAUUUAGGGUCAAACACACCGUAACUUCGAGUUAGACCCCCCCUCGAGAGAUGAAUGUUGCUGACCGCUUGUUCUCUAGUUUUACCAACUUUAGUAACGACCACAUGAUAGCAAUACACAGCGGUCUGAGGAGCCAUAAACAAACUUCGACCAAAACGCCACUCUAUAGCCACAAAUAAUGCUCAAAACAGCACCUAACUUCAUCAACAGGACAUAUAGGGAAUGUAUAUAUCCCUCUAAGGUACGAGGCAAACUGUAUUCAGACCUGUGCAGCCCGGAGAGGAAACGGUGCAGAUACUAGAUGAUGAACUGUGAAUAUUAGCAGAGGGAAGACAAACUGAUCUUCAUUCGUCUGGUCGGACACCUGCCCCCCUUUGCAGUGAUUACAGGAAUUAAAACGACACAAUCUGAUCAUCCUCAUACGUUAUAAGUUGUCCAAGAACUUUACAGACUCAGCUCUUUUUUUACAAACUCAAUUCAAGAGUCAAGUAAUGAAGGUGAGCUUUUGGAAGAACGCAUGUUAGAAACAGCAGGUCUGUUGUGUCUGUAGGUCAAACGCAAUAAUAAGUUUAUCACGCAGAAGAGUGACUCGCCGUGGGGAACUGAAUGGUGAGUUCAAAAGAAGGUGGCGAAAAAGACCCUGCUCAGCUCUCCAUUUUUAUCCAAAGCAGUUAGAGGAGUUUUUGACCAUGGAGUCCCUGUAAGGGAAAACGCAGGGUCAGGACAUGUGACUGGGUGUCUGCUGUCAUCGAGGGAAUGAAGCCACCUUGGAGUAAACUUUGAGUCGCCAAAUCUAACUGGAAAAAAACAAUAGACCACUGAAAAAGAUCCGGGAUAAAGUGAAAGAGGAAAACCCUGAUCAGGAAAUUGUUUUCCUUCAUUACAUCAUUCAUCAGGAAUCUCUGUGUACAUUUCUAAGGACUUCUGCACCGUCAUUAUAUUCCUUGAGGAAACUGAUGCGGAUCACCAGGACUUACUUUACCAGUGAAGCUGGUAGGGAAAGAUCAGUUUGUGCAUGACAUGAUUACAAAUGUGGGAGCCUUCAAAUUCAAGCUGACUUUAUUCUCCUGACAAAUUUCAGGCAAAUCUUUUGCUCAUUUUCCCACACUAGCCAUGCAGAAAAAGGCCACCUGAAAUGUAAAGAAGUACAAGAAAUCACUGGAUGACCUGCAUGGAGUUCUGUGAUUUUAAAAUAAUUUGAUAAAUCACUUCAGCUGGUGACAUGACCCCGAAACAGCACCACAGGAGCUGCAGUUGGAGCUGGAGCUGAUCAAUCUUCAGGCACACUCCAUCCUAAAAUUCAACUCUCAUAAGCUGAAUGACUUGCUUCGUUUAACAAAGUCACGGUUCCAGACCUCCGCGGGACGGCGCAGAAGAUACUGCCGUUGUUUGGCAUGACAUGCAGACAUUCAGCGCCAUGACCACCAACAAAGCUCGGUUGUUGCCUGCAAGUCAAAAAGUUUGCCCACUUUUGGCAGCGUUGGAACUGUCUUGUCCAGAUAAAUCCAGAAGGGGGCAGCACAGUGUCACAUUUGAGCAUCCUGAAACAAGCCUCCUAAAUUUGAUCGAAUAAGAACAUUUAUUUAUUUAUUUUUCUUUAACUCAUUCACAUUUUUGACUUUUGAAGCUUAAUUGAUUAUGUUGUUGUUGACUGUUUUACCCACGGUCCUGCUCUGAUAUCAGUCACAGUCGAUCUUGACCUUUUAGCUGCUGCAUGAGACAAAGUUUGUACUUCAUUUUAUUCAGUUACGUCACCGAAAGAGCCAUAAAUAAAUUAGCCUGCCUCAAUGGGAAGGACUCUGUUUUCUUAUCAUGUCAUGACAGAUACAAAAGAGCCACUUUUCAAAUCUCUCUCACCACAUUAGACAAGAGGACUGAUGAUCAGCGGGAGACAUGACAUGUCUUUUAAAAAGUUUACCCAGAAUGCAUCACAUCUGCACAUUACUUCCAUCGUUAUUCUCACCGUGUGUUUCUUCUCACUCUUCUAGCUCCUUGGUAACAGCAAAGAGACUUCAGCUCCUGCCAGGAUUGUGACCAAACCCUACGUUCUCAACCGUAAGCACACAUUUUCUUUGAAGAAGCCCAACUUGUUAAAUUGUGCGCACAGAUUUUCUCUCUGCAGCUUCUGGUAGUUUGCAUUUUAAUCUGAGUUAAUCUGAAAUCACUGCAGAUAACAGCGAUUUAAAGUGUUUUCUUUUGGCUUUCUUGCACAAUAAAAGUUACUAAAAAUGGUCAUGAAGUGAGUCGGGUCCUGCCCACACUGCCAGGUUUCCAAUCUGCUCAUACAACCUGCUCUCUCUGACGUAUUUUACACAUUCUGCUGCCCAUCACUUUCCAGGAUGUGUUGCAUUUUAUUGUGCAAAAGCUGAGCCAGAAUUUACAAAUUUUAAAUCUGCAAAGACUUUUUCACUUUAUGAGGAUUAAAGUAUUUUUGUCAGCUGAAACAGUAAACGCCUUAGUGUGCCGCCGCUGCUGCUGCUGCUGCUGCUGUCCCGCUUUCAGAAACAUGCCUCAAGUGCCGAAAUGUACCGAGAGUCUUGGAGAUGUUUUGUGUGCCAAAGCCUCAGCCUGUGAUUUCAGCCUCCAGGGACCAAGUUGAAUGAAAGCAGACCUUUGCUGUUACAGCAUUUUCUUUUUUAUUACUGUGCACAGAAGCUGAGAACAGCCGGCCUUCAGCUGCUACUGCUGCUGUGAAUCUCAGCUCUGAAUGACUCUGUUUCCUCCAGCUACAUCACGCUGUUCGCUGUCCAUUAACGAUGCGUGGAAUAUUGUAUUUCACAGAUAGACCGACACAGUGGGCUCAUUUUUAUGUGUUUGUGUGCGUUUCAAAAUUGGACUAAAUCUGGCUGCUGAGGAGAGAAGAUAAAGCUUUGAGAACAUUUAAAACCCUUAUCUGCUUUGUGUUUUUCUGAUCAGAGCUGGAGGAAGAGGCCGCCCGGCCAGAGAAGGACACAAAGACGUUAUCCUCCGACCUGAUCGAGUACGCUCAGUACAUGAUCCGAGAACACAAGGACAACUUCAAGGUAAAAGCAGGAAGCAGACUCUGUUCAAGCUUGAAGAUUUAUGAAGCACACUGAUGGCUUUGUUUGACUCAGUUCAGUAUUUACUGAAGCUUUUAAAUGAUCUCUUUUUAUAGCUUCUGGUUUAGAUGUAUUUUGUCACUCAGCUAAAUCUUUAAUGAGCCCCUGAAGGAAUGCACAUCCAAAGUGGUUUGAAUAAAAGAAAAAGAGGGGAGGGCACAGCUUCACAUUACCUUAUAUAGUACGGUAAAUAUCACCUCAUAAACAGCAUGAUGCGGGUGAGGUUUCCUGCUGUGAUGUUAGCCACGUGACUGGGUGGUACAGAUGGGCUGAUGAAUUAAUUGGGCUGAUUUCUAACAUUUUGAAACAGAUAGCAUUAGACGAUAUCUUAGAAGAUGUUUCUGGCUAAAAUAAGCCCUCUAUUUUAUUAAAUAAAAAAAAACAACCAGAACAUGAUAUCAUUAUCACACAUUUGCCAUUGGCUGACCUGUAAAUGUCGGCAAAAACCUCUCCAACAGUUCAUGGUCCUCGUUCUGAUACUUUCUUCUUCACACUUUUAACCAGGGCUGCAGGUUCAGCACCUGGAGCCUUCUUUUGUGGAGCCAUGCUGUAACAAGCAAGUCCUUUCCUUAAAUGAUGACUAUGUCUAAUUUCAAGAGUAUGUUGCUUCAAGACCGAUAUAGAGUUCAGCAUUAAUGGAUCCUUCCCAGAUGUCUAAGCCACACAUGCCAUUGGCGUUAGGACAUCCCCGUACCACCAUGGACGGUUGCUUUUGAACAAUCCGCAUGUUUGCUCUCCAUCGUGAGCCUGCAGCAUCCAUGGUUUUGAUCAGGCUGUUUCCUCCUUUUGCCCUCCUGUAUUUCAUGUAUGCUAAAUUUCAAUGUGCGUUUGAAUUAUGUUAUCAGAUGUGAUUUGAGCCCAUGCUGUGAUUCCCACUACAGAGAUGUCUGAUUGUAGUUCAGUCUGGUCCUGGUUUUCCGCCUUUCCUGCUGUUUUCUAUCUUAAUUGUGAACCAAUGACUUUCCCCAGUUUUAACAUUUGAUGAGCUGUUUCUGUGCUUUUUGUCAAUAAAACAUGGAGGUUUUUAUUUAUGAACACGGUGCCUCUAUGUUCAUGAAUAUAUCAUCAUAUUCAUGCAGUUAUUUAAACUCAUGAGCAUCAGAUAUCGGCGAAACUCUCUGGAAUCAGACGCUUGUGUUAAAAAUCUGUCUGUAAUUUCCAGAGCACUAGACGGGUGGUUUCUGCUUUUUCAGUCUUUUGCCAAGCUGAACAUUUUCAAGUGUAGCUUUACAUGAUAAGGUUGAGUAUCUUCACACAUCUUUGAGAGAAAAUCAUCAUAUCUUCACAUUCGUUUAGUGACUUCUUUGAAAUUUGGCGCAGUAGAUUCAUGAUUCAAGCCCUCAUAUCAUCCCUUCGUUUCACAUUUAUUAACAAGUCGGCAUUUUGAAAGGUUAGGAAAAGUGUUUUUUAUUAUGGAGCUUGACAUGAUGGAAGCCUCUCAGUCAGCUAAGGUUAAACAGGACAGCACCGUCACUCAGAUAAAGUCAGGAGCUUCUGGAAUGUAAUUUUACACGAGCUUUGAGAUAAGACAUUCACUCUCAGUGUCCGUGAUGGUUCAUUCAAGGACGCCCUGACAUCCUGGGGUUCAGGGCCGGCUGCCAAGGUCUGAGACGUUUUUCUUUUCAAGUGUGGAGGAAACCUCAUUUGCCACUUGAAUAUUUUUAUCUUGGUGCAUUCAGCGAAAACAAAAACAAACUCUUCCUCUGUUUGAAAAGUUUUGAGCGAAGGACCAAAAUAGUUCCAGCUUCUUCCUUCACAGCAGCUGAUUUCAGUUUCUCCUAUAACUUAUCGCUGAGAAACCCAACAUCACGCACACGUCUGAGAGGUUCAUUUGUCUGUAGUUUUCAUCUGUUUGUUUCCUCAUUAAAAUGUGACUGAGUCAUCUGUGGGAGCACUGCCAGGUCAGAGUCUGUCAAUAACAGGAUAUCGUGAGUGUUUUUCAUAUAUAAGCUUUCAAUAGAAAAUACUCCGACCUCGGCUUCAUUGUGAGAAGCUGAGUCAGUCUGCUGUGAUUGACUGCAGCGAUGAGUUAUAUAACCAGUGACUCUGUCGAUGCAUUUAUAAGUGUGACGUUUCAGCGCAGCAUCACGCUUGGAGUUGAGUCAAUAUGUUCCCUCUCUGCGCGGUGAUAAAGUUUUCUUUUGUCACGAAAGUUCAGAUCUGACAAGGACAAAGCCUCAAAGCAGAACAAAUGUUGUUUCUGCUCAUGCAGGCGAUCGAUAUUUCACAUUCUGCUUUUAAACGAGGGUGUUAACCCCUCCAAGAUGCCAGGACAACAUUUCGACUUUGUUUUUGUUUUUUCUGUAAUAUUCUUAAAUUCACUGACCAAUCACACGCUUAAAUCAGAUAAAUUAUAGUAUUCAUUAAGCAAUUUAUUGAAUUGUUUAAUCACUUCUCAGAGAAUGAUGUUAGACCUGUCUGUGAAAUGAUCUACUCUUCUCUAUAUUCUAUUAUCAGGUUACUUUCAGUGACACAUGACAGGAGGAAUAAAAAAACCCAGUGUGAACCCUGGGCCAAGUACAUCUGUGUUUGCAGGCAACAUUUACAGAAAAGCGACAUGUGUUUUCACCAUCACAUGCACAGUCCACAAAGCACACAAUCAGCUUUAGGAAAUUUUGAGGACGGAGCUUCUGGAAACUUCUGAAAAUUUUCAGGAGUGCAUGUGUGGCAGAGGAUUUACCCUUUUCUGUUAUGUUCCUGUACGAUAGACUCCUCUGUAUUUCUUCUACACUAUAGUAUAAGCAACUUAUUAUUUCUCUGCCUGUAACCAAACUUUUUCUCCUCCUUCUGCAGGCCAUGGCCAGAGACGAGAAGAAUUACUACCAGGACACACCCAAACAGAUAAAGAGGAAAAUAAACGAGUACAAACGCUGCCAUCCGCAGCACUAUGACGCUUUCAUCAGCUCGCUGGCUGCUCCUCAGCCCAUGGACCAGUAAAGAGACUACUUUCUGUGUGUGUGUGUGUGUGUGUGUGUGUGUGUGUGUGUGUGUGUGUGUGUGUGUGUGUGUGUGUGUGUGUGUGUGUGUGUGUGUGUGUGUGUGUGUGUGUGUGUCAGGAACAGAUGGACCCCAAACAAAAGAGACUGUCAAGCUGUGACAGCGACUUCACAUCACCUGUUAUCAGAGGAACCACCAGGGACAGGAAGUGGAGACAUCCAGACAACGUCUGAGUCUUGUUAAGGUGGUUUUCAAAAGUUUACUCUCCUGUCCGGUUUUAUCCUGAUCUCAUCUUCUUUACAAAUGUUGAAUGUAAGGAUCCCAAAUGUAGUUUUAAUGUAUCAUAAAAACAAGUUGACCCUCACUGAA